GACUACAUGCGACUUGCACGUGGCCCGCUCUGAAAACAUCAACAAACACUCAUUGCUGCGGCAGCGCUUGACGGAGGCCCAAAGCAACGUGACUCCGAGGUCCAGCAGUGGUGGCAACAGGACGUGACAGGCUUCAGUGGUACCGGUGCUGACAAGGGAGAUGCUUGGUGGACUGGAGUCAGUGCGUGUGGUGCUUCCAGGAGAUGAGGUGAUGAGCUACAAUCCAGACUCAAGCGGGGGAAGUAUUUUCCUUGGUCCAGGCCUUCGCUGGGAGGACGGAAUGGUGCGAGCUGCUAAGGCUGGCCUCCUCAAGAAAACAUCACGUCAUCUAUACUUUGUUGACACUCACCAGAAGCGAUAUAUCCCUCAGAGGAGGGAAUAUGUCAUUGGCAUCGUCACCAAGAAGAAGGGUGACAUAUACAAAAUUGACAUUGGAGGCAGUGAGCAAGCAACCAUAUCUUUCCUCUCCUUUGAAAAUGCUUCCAAGAAAACCCGCAGAGACCUGGCCCUGGGUGACUUGAUCUAUGGUCAACUUAUUGUGGCAAACAAGCACAUGGAACCAGAAAUGGUGUGUAUUGAUGCUUAUGACCGAGCCAUGGGCAUGGGUGUGCUGCCUGCUGGUGGUGUUAUGUUCAAUGUGUCGCUGCAGGUGGCUCGGGAAAUUAUCAACCCCGAUUGUCCCUUCCUGUUAACUUUGUCCAAGAAAGUGAAGUAUACUGUGGUGGUUGGGAUGAAUGGACGUGUGUGGGUGAAGGCAGCACACCAAAACAGCAUGGUGGCCCUCAUGAACUGCAUCCUCAUGCUGGAGUACAUGACACCUGAUGAGGCCAAUGAGAAAGCUCUCAAGCUCCUAGAAGCCCUCAUGUAGUGAGAACAAUGAAUCACUUGUAAAAAAAAGAGGAGGUUGCAGGGAGGGAGUGGCUAUUUUAUUAACAACUACAUACACCAAAAAAACAUAAGUAUACUCCAAUAAAGUUUUCAAUUUUUUUUCUA